CUCGUCACACGAACAAUCCAGCAGUCAGAGCCACGAGAUACCAAAACACCAGAACCUCUUUUUCUUUUUUACCCUUCUACUUUCACCUCUAUUUCCGCGUCGACAACCGCAAUCAAUCCCUCUCUCCUUUACUCCGUACUGGUCCUUGACGCCUUUUCGCACGAAUUGAAUCCAAGUCCGAUAAAUCGCCGCGGCAACCUCCUUGACGGACACUCCACCAAGGGUUCGUGAGCCGGUAGUCGAUACAAGUCUACAAUCAACCUCGCCAACUCCUCAAUACCCCCACUACUUUGCCUUCAAUGAGCACCAAAAUGGCUUCAGAAGGUCCCACGCAACUUCACUCUCCUCCCGCCCCGUCCCCAAAGCGGCCAAAAGGGAUCCUCAAGAACUCAUAUCACCGCUCUCCCCCCCAACAGGCGCCCAUAACAACCAUACCUCCCUUACCAACCUCACCAGUUCACCGGCCUGGACUCCCUCACGAACUCUCCGAUAAAGACAUUACCAUCCAGAACACCCUCCAGAACGCCGGCCCCCGCCGCUCCCCCUCCAACUCCUCUCGGCCUGGUGGAGCGCGCCGCAAGUCGAGCCUCUCGUCCAAUGGCCGAAAUGGCGAAGAAAACAUGCGGUUGAAGUGGGAUGAGGCGAACCUCUACUUAACGGAGCAGGAAAGGAGCUCCACGAUGAAGAUUGACGAGCCGAAGACGCCUUGGGCCAGACAUUACGACCCCGCCGAGGACGAAGAAGAGCUGCGGAUGUUGGACGCUGGCGACAUCAUGGUCGACGAGUUGGAUCUGGAGAAGCGGGCGGCACGCAGCGCGAGGGCGAAAGAAGAGGAGAUCCCCGGUCUUAGUCUAGGCGAGCCGGAAGAGGCUGUCCCGGAGGAACCUGAGAGCAAAAAGGCGGUGCAAGUCAAGCAUCCAUCGCAGCAGGAACACGUAGGAUUGAGUAAGGAAGAGGUAGACAAGCACAAGAAGUUUGAAGAGAUGCGGAAGAAGCAUUACGAGAUGAAGAACGUGGCCACUCUGCUUGCGCAUCCAGAGGAUUUGGAUGCGCUUGUUGAGGAUGGUGACGAGGACAUGACUGAUGCGAGAUAGCAGGUGCGGGUUAUGGGACGGCGUUUUGCUCUGCGAUGAUCGAUGAUUAUGAAGUAUUAUUCUGUGCAUUAUAGGCUGAGUGGCGAUAAGUUUGGGGCUUGUUUUCCUUUCUAUCAUGCCUUUUUAUCAUGCCUACUUUGAGAAAGUAUGGCUGCACCGUACUAGCUAGUUAGCUAGAUUCAACGAUAUACUUUUCACAAUGAGGCUGG